GAAACAUUUGCAGCAGGCACUUUCUGGCGCAGACACCGCUCUCUUGCUCGCCCCCCUCCCUGGGUCUCGAGAAGGCCAGUCCCCGUAGGAGCAUAAAGUCUCGAGAUACUAGCUAAGUCUCGUCGUCGCAGGCGUGAGCGGCUGUGUUUUGGCUUUCUGCUGUCAGGAGGUUCUGGCGGCCUCCUUGAUGGUGACUGGACGGUGAGCGAAUGGGAAGGCGGAAGAGCACGGUUGGGGGCGAGCGGUGGGUAGGAGAAACGGAAGCCGGGCGACUCCCGCAAACUAGGGACCUGCGGGCACCGUGGUUGGCAUUAAAAAUAAAGUGGAGUCUUGGAGACAAAUGAAGUUUUAUUCUGGCAUAAGCAUUUGCAGACUAGAACCACCUUCUUGAUACGGAAUGCAGCUGAAGCAUUGGGCAAGCGCAUGCUGCACCAAACAUCGUGUUAGUCUUCAGACUGUCACAGUUUAUUUUUAAUGCAAACGGACGGGCUUGACUACCUCCCUCGGAAAUUCGUAUCUGUUUGCCUCGUGCAGCUGCUCCGAUUCAGUGUUUAUAGGGCGCUCCGAGUCCGAGGGUCAGAAGCUUCCCUCUUGGUGCCAUGGCAUCUCACUUGAAGACGAUACUAGUGAUGCUACUUGCUUGUCAAGGACUUCUAAUGACAAGCACUUACAAUGAAGAAGAGGAUGUACCUGAAGAAUGGCUUCUCCUUCAUAUGGUUCAAGGCCAGAUUGGUGCUGGAAAUUAUAGUUACUUGAGAUUAAAUCAUGAAGGGAAGAUAGUGCUUCAAAUGCACAGUUUAAAGGGCGAUGCAGACUUGUAUGUAUCUGACAGGACCCUUCAUCCUAGUUUUGAUGAUUAUGAAUUACAAUCUGUAACUUGUGGCCAAGAUGUGGUUCACGUGCCAGAAAACUUCCACCGCCCUGUAGGAAUUGGGAUUUACGGUCAUCCUUCUCACCUGGAAAGUGAAUUUGAAAUGAAAGUAUACUAUGAUCAGACAGCUGUCAAAUAUCCAUUGGAUGCAGGCUCCUACAAUCCAGAAGACAUGGAGAUAAACCUGAAGCAGUUUCAUUCAACAGAAGAUGAGUCUCAGGAUGAAGAAUCAGUCUUCUGGACAAUACUGAUUGCAAUACUAAAAAUAAUAGCUGAAAUCCUUUUUUGGCUUUAUGACUAAGCAAGUUAGAGGUAGUCACCUGAAAUCAAAUAAACACAUUUCUGUGAGAUUAGUACUAACACUUUCUAUGCUGAGGAUGGGAAAAUAAAGCCAUAUCUAAUUUUUUAUUGUCAUGUAGCAUGCACAGUAUUUGUACAGAUUUCCUGUAACUGAGCAAUGUCAACUAUGACAAUUGCAGAUUACUGUGAUGUUGAAUAAAAUUUAUUUUCUAUA